UCCGAAGACGACAAAACAUGAAUUUAUUUUGAAUUUAAAGAUUUUUUCCUGGCAAUUUGAAAAUUGGAAUUUUGAACCAGAAAAAAUGAAGAUGCUCUCAUUUGACAGAGGAAAAUUCCUUGUUUUGAUCACCAUCAUAUUGAUAUGGACGGCUAGUGGUUCGUUUGGUCGCCGACAACAAUCAUCAUCACCACCAAUGAAUUUAACACCGAUAAUAUUGGUUCCAGGCGAUGGUGGUAGUCAAUUGGAAGCUAAAUUAAAUAAAUCAAAUGUACCACAUUAUUUUUGUGAUCGUCAAACAAUGGAUUAUUUUAGUGUAUGGUUAAAUUUAGAAUUGCUAGUACCAUUCAUUAUUGAUUGUUGGGUUGAUAAUAUGAAAUUAAUUUAUAAUAAUCAAACACGUACAACACAUGAUAAUGAUGGUGUACAUAUACGUGUACCUGGUUUUGGUAAUACAACCACUGUUGAAUAUGUUGAUCCAAGUCGUUUACCAAUAUCUGGUUAUUUUGGUCAAAUGGUUGAACAUUUAGUUAUGGAAUUUGGUUAUGAACGUGGCCAAAAUAUUCGUGGUGCACCAUAUGAUUUUCGUAAAGCACCAAAUGAACUUCAAGAUUAUUUAAAAUCAGUAAAAAAAUUAAUCGAACAAACAUAUCAACAAAAUGAUGAACGUCGUGUUAUGAUUGUUUGUCAUUCAAUGGGUUGUUUAGUUAUGCUGAAAUUCCUGAAUGAUCAAUCACAAAAAUGGAAAGAUCAUUAUGUACAAUCAUUCGUUACAUUAGGUGGACCAUGGGGUGGUUCAGUAAAAUCAAUAAAAGCAUUUAUAUCGGGUGAUAAUUUUGGUGUUAUUGUUGCACCAUCAUUAACCAUACGUGAUGAUGAACGUACAUUUCCAAGUUUAGCAUAUCUGUUACCGAAUGAUAAUGUUUUUCAAACAGAUCGUAUUCUGGUUGAAACUAAACAAAAAGGAAAUUAUUCCAUUAGAAAUUAUCAAAAAUUAUUUCGUGAUAUUAAUUAUAAUGUUGGUUAUAAUAUGUGGAUUGAUGUUAAAAAUAUUACCUAUGAUUUAAUUGCACCAGGUGUUGAAGUUUAUUGUAUUCAUGGUAUUGGUCAUGAUACAAUUAAUAAAUUGAUUUAUGAAAAAAAUCAAUUUCCCGAUCAACAACCUGACCGAAUUGAAUAUGGUAAUGGUGAUGGAACGGUGAAUGAAGAAAGUUUAAGUGCCUGUAAACGUUGGCGCCAACAGCAAAAACAACCCGUACAUUAUCUACCAAUUCAUGAUAUGGAUCAUAUGCGUUUGUUAAGUGAUCAAAAAAUUCUAGCAAAUUUCCAUAAAGCAUUCAAAAAAAUGAAAUUUCUAAUCGUAAUUUCGUUGAUGGCCAUUAUCGGUACCAUUAUGGCCGAACCAGUUGAUGAAAAACCGAAAUUGAAUAUGCAACAAGUUGAACAAUUAUUGGAACAAAUUGAAAAAGAUGAACAACGAUUAUCACCGAAACCAAAUGCUGCCAAAAAUGAUGAAACUGUUACAGUUGCAUUGCAACAAUUGUUCACACAAUUUCGUCAGCUUACCGGUGCUUAUGUUGAUGUAUUAAAUGCUGUUAACAAACAAUUGGGUCUACCUAAAUAUCCUAAAUUACCUGGUAUAGCACAACGUACUGGUCGUGGUAUUCGUGAUACAGCACCAUUCAAACAAUUGAUUGAAAAUGUUGAACAAUUAGGUACAACUAUAUCAGAAGUUGGUGAAUUAGUUACACGUACUGUAUCGACAAUUGGUGAUGAUUCACGUAAAACUGUCCUAAGACAAUUUCAACAAUUUGCUGAUUUAUGGUCAAAUCAAUUGAAUGAAAUUUCCCGAAUGUUUGAACCAUCAGUUAUGAUGACAUUUAACGAAUUACAAGGACGUGAAGAAUCAAAUUUUAUUGAUGAAAUACAACGUCAAGUACAACAAUUAGCUAGAGAUAUUCAACGUUAUGUUGAUAGUUUUGUUGCUGAUAUUCGUAAUCGUGUUUCCGGUGUGCGUAAUCAAAUUUUCCCAAACGGUGAACGUAGACCAACCACAAUCAAUCAACAACAAUAAUAAUAACCAAA